AUGUCUCGCUCGUCGGAAUCCACCGUUCAUACGGUUAGCACCGUCACCGUAUCCUACUCUGAGCUCAAGGAGAGCAACAUAGAUCUGUCUGGGAAGAUUGAACAAGGAUUCGGACCUAAUGGACUUGGAAUCCUUUCCGUUAAAGAUGUUCCAGGGUAUUCAGAUUUACGUCAGAAUCUACUUCGUCUUGCACCUAGGUUAGCUGGCCUUCCUGAAGAGGUAAAGAGAGAGCUCGAAGACGCUCAUAGUAGGUACAAUUUCGGUUGGAGUCAUGGCAAGGAGAAACUUGAAUCCGGGAAGCUUGACAUGUUGAAGGGUUCUUUCUAUGCUAAUCCUCUACAAGAUGUACCCACGAGUAAUUCAUUUGAAAUCCAGCGGUAUCCAUGGUACUGUGGAUCAAACAUAUGGCCAAGGAAUUCUUUGCCGGAACUUGAAGGAGCUUUCAAAGCUCUUGGUAAUCUGAUGUUUGAAGUUGGGCUAAUGGUAGCUUACCACUGUGAUCAAUAUGUGUCAAAGGAUUUAAACCAACAUGAAAAGCAAAGUCUUGAGAAGAUACUACUUGGCUCUCGGUGUCACAAAGGACGGCUGCUUUAUUAUUUUCCUGCACAGGACAGCACUACCCAUGACAAUGAUUCCAUAUCAUCUUGGUGUGGAUGGCAUACGGACCAUGGUUCACUAACAGGUCUUACUCGUGCAAUUUUUUCUAGAAAUUCAGUGGAAGUACCUUGCCCAGAUUCUGGUGCUGGCUUAUACAUACAAACACGGUCGGGUCAGAUCGUUAAGGUUGUGUAUGGGGAAGAUGAAAUAGCAUACCAAAUAGGCGAGACAACCGCAAUUCUGUCAAGGGGUUCUCUUUGUGCUACACCUCAUUGUGUACGGGCGCCACAAGGAGAGGAGGCUCGUGGUCUAGAGCGAUCGACAUUUGCAUUGUUCAUGCAACCUGACUGGGAUCAGAAGCUUACAUUCCCAAAGGAAGUAACAAGCCAUGAAGAUAUAUCUCUCUCUGAUAAUGUCUUGACGUUUGGAGAAUAUACAGAGAAACUCCUCAACAUAUACUACGAUACAAAACCAUAG